CCCUGGCCUGGCUUCGGUAGCACGCGAAAAUCGACCUUCUAGCUAAGCCAGGCUUGUACUACCAAGUUGGCGCAUCCCCUCGCCUUCCCCCCUCUGUUCCACUUUGCGCCGGAGCUACCAAGCUUGCAAGAUCGUCCGCCGGCGUCAAAUUGAAGACCCCGCCGGCACACGGAGGAGACUUCGGGGAACUCGAGAGACUUCUGGGAAGGUCGAGGAGGCUCGAGACCCCUCCGCCGUCCACCACAGCAAGGUCGAGGCUUGAGACUCCUGGGACGACGCCGUCGUCGCUGAUGGGGGCGCAAGACUGGCCGCGGGCGCCGCCCCUUUCUGAUCUCGCCUUCGAAGUUCCAUCCUCGAUUGGAGGUUUGCGCACGGCAUGGAUUGGCUGCAAGCACUUCUCCUCCCUCUCUUGUUUAUAGCCUUCGAUUUCAAAUUCAGAUACGAGAAAUUGGUGAUUUGUAGUAGUAGAACCACUGAACCAGUGAAUUAGAAGCUAGAGGGCUGGCUGAACAGGAAUUAAGUACAUGCACAGUCGAUUCAGUAAUUGACCAAACCGGGCUUAAUAAUCAGAACUGGCACGUACUAUGCAGAACAGAUAGAAGAGCCGUGGUCAGGUCAGGUGACACAUCACAACUUCACAAGUACCAAGCCGGGGCCACGGCUAGCACGUCCGCAGGCCUGCCGGAAGCGGCCAAGGCGUGCCUCCUGGCCGACGUGCGCUAUGGCGGGCGGCGCGACCUCGCAGCUGCCCUCCAUGCACGCCCGCACCCGUCUCUCUCCUCUUCCACCCUCUGUCCUUAUCCCGUCACCUGGCCGCCCGCCGAGCUCCACAAACACAAGUCGCCCUCCCCUCGUCGGCGGGACCCCUCUGUCUCUCAGCUUCCUCUUCCUCCUCGGCUCUUCUUGUCUGAUGCCCCUAAUCCAAAAACUGCCCAGACAGUCAAUUUCAGACAAAAACACGGAGCAGAUUGUUUUCGCAGUGUGUGUAUAAACAGGGGGAAAGGGGUUGAUCGAUCAAGAGUCGAGCGCGCGAGCGCAAGACAGGGCAGAUUUGUUGAGUAGCGAUCGAGGGAGGAAGGGCAGAUAUGGACCAGGUGCUGAACGCGGUGAUGGACCUGGUGGUGCCGCCGGCGAGCAUGGUGAUGCUGGCGUUCGCGUGGCCGACGCUGUCGUUCCUGCGCGGCGUCGAGUGGGUGCUCAAGACCCUCACCAAGGAGGACAUGCUCGGCAAGGUCGUCGUCAUCACCGGCGCCUCCUCCGCCAUCGGCGAGCAAAUCGCGUACGAGUACGCGAGGCGGAACGCGAACCUGGUGCUGGUGGCGCGGCGGGAGCACCGGCUGUUCGGGAUAUGCGACAACGCGCGGCUGCUGGGCGCGGGGCAGGUCCUCGUCAUCGCCGCCGACGUCGUCAAGGAGGACGACUGCCGGAGGCUCGUCAGCGACACUGUCAGCUACUUCGGCCAGCUGAAUCAUCUGGUGAACACCGUGAGCUUGGGGCACGAUUUCAACUUCGAGGAGGCCGCGGACACCGCCGCUUUCCCUCACCUCAUGGACAUCAACUUCUGGGGAAACGUUUACCCGACUUAUGCCGCGCUCCCCUACCUGCGGCGGAGCCAAGGCCGGGUCGUCGUGAACGCGUCCGUCGAGAGCUGGCUGCCCAUGCCCAGGAUGAGCCUCUACUCGGCGGCGAAAGCCGCGGUGGUGGACUUCUACGAGACGCUCCGGUACGAGGUGAAGGACGACGUGGGCGUGACCGUGGCGACGCACGGCUGGGUCGGCGGCGACGCCGGCGGCGGCAAGUUCACGCUCGAGGAAGGCGCGGCGGAGAUGCAGUGGAAGGAGGAGCGGGAGGCGACGCUGUCGGGAGGGCACGUGGAGGCGUACGCGCGGGCGCUGGUGGCCGGCGCCUGCCGCGGCGACGCCUACGUCAAGCGCCCCAGCUGGUACGACGUCUUCCUCGUCUUCCGCGUCUUCGCGCCCGACGUCCUCGCCUGGACCUUCCGCCUGCUGCUGUCCACGGCCGGCCCGAGCGCCGCUACCACGACGACGGCCGCCCGUCGCCCGCCGCCCGCCGCGCUGCCGGCCCCGCCGGUCCGGCCGCUGCUCGAGUACCCACCGGCGGCUCGGAGGACGGCCGCCCAGAUGCAGAAGCUGGAAUGAGACUGCGGAGCACGAGCUCAUGUUUGUGAACGAUGCCUUGAUCCAUGGGAGUAAAAACGCCAUUGCAUUCGCAUGUUUAUGUACCAACUAUGAACUGAUUUAGUUGGGUGUCUCGAAUAAAUCGCCGGGUUUGUGUGGAUUAA